AUGCCGUCGUCGGUCUUCUCGGUUCGAUCCGCGUCGUGCCUCGAGACCACGUCGAGGUUCAUAUCGCGCUGCCUGUCGUCGUCCACCAGGAUCCAUAUCAUGGCCCUGGACAGCAUCGUCAACGUCAACUCCCUCUUCACCGUCGCCCUCUUCCUCGGCCUCUCCGCCUCCCCUGCCGGCGGCCAGCUCCCCGGGAUCCGCGCCUCCUGCAGGCCCGGCGCUGCCUUGGCGGAGGGCCUCGUCACCUUCCACGUGUACUCCUUCAGCUGCUUCCUCUUCUCAAGCCUCGUCGCCCUGGCUCUCAAGCAGGCCAUCAAGAUCAGCAGGGUCAUCGCCGAAGAAGAACAGCAAGAAAGUGGGGACGAGGCGCAUGGCCAGGCGGCGAUGGGGCACGUGAACACGGUGGCCUUUAGGGCGGGGAUGGCGGCUUCGGCGCUCGGGUCGGCAGCCGGCUCGGGGUUCUUGACGAUGGCGCUGGUGAACCUGGUGCAGAUGAAGUUGGGGACCUUGGGCUGUGGUGAGAGUGGGUACAGUGUGGCUGCGAUCGUGCCGCUGGUGGUCUUGGUCCCUCUGGGCCUGGUCGUUUACUUGAGUCUUGCGAUUUAUGCGUUUACCCGGUAG